CAUAUGUAUAUUUUUUUUUGCUAAGUAUGAUAUUAAUUGUUGUAACUUAUCAGGGUUUUAAUGCAGUGUACAUAUGUUGGUAAUUUUGAUACUUCGCACCAAUCUAAUAAAAAACGUCGUUUGAUUGGACCUGCGAAAAAAAAAGCAAUAAUUUCGAUUAUUGAUAAAAACGUUUCGAGUGAAACUUACAGAAAAAUAGAAGCUACUCGUCUUAUGAGAACUGAUGAACCACCGUACCACACAGAUGACAUUCCCGAAGCAGAUGAAUUAGUUUAUACAAAUGAUGAUAUACACCAUAUGGAUAAAUUAAACCAUGGAGACAACAUAUACGACACAGAUGACUCAGACGUAAUGCGUUCAUUUAAUGUACAUAAUAAUGUAGAAGGAACAAAUAUUUUAACUGAAGAAGACAUGUCUGAUUUAUUUGGUGUUUCCAAAGAUUCUUUAAGAUCAGAAAUGAUGGUUAUCAAAAAUGUCUUGAAAGUUAAUGUUGAUUUGGAAGUUCUGCAAAAUCACUUAAACUCAUUGAAUAGCAAACAAAUCUUUCCAAAUUAUUACAAAUUAUUUAAUGUAGCAAUAACUUUGCCAAUCAAUUCCGCUACUUGUGAAAGGUCAUUUUCCGCAAUGAGGAGGUUGAAAACAUGGAUGCGAACAACGAUGCUCCAAGAAAGAUUUAGCAGUUUAGGGAUAAUUAAUAUUGAAAAAAGAUAUCAAUAUUGA